AUUAGAUUGACAUUAAUAUUAAAGUUGAUAUAAGAAGACGAUCACAAAAGUAGAGAUCUUUACAUCAUUAGAAAGCUUUCAACCUACUUAAUAUCAAUAAGUUAAUUUAAGACAAUAAAACGAAUUGAAAAUAUUAAAAAUAAGCGAUUAAAACUACCUAAAUAUGGAAGUCAUCGACGCCAAUUCUCACGGCGUGAAUUCGGUUCGUUUUGUGUGACGUCACGUCAUGGCACUAUUUGUUUUGACAAAGUGGUGGGGCCCUGUGUUGUGUGGAAAGUCUUCGUCGAUAUACUCCCGAUACAUUGUUGUUUGAGAGCUUAUGAUGUUAUUACGAGUCAAUUUGUUGUUUUCUUUCGAUUCAUUUUGAAUAGAUAAACAACACAAAACAUUAUAAUACCCAAAAUAUUAUUUUUAUAUCAUGUAAUAGACUUUUUUUGGGGGGGAAGAGAAACCACAGUGGUGCAAGGUGUGUGGGUAUACUGUACUGUAAUGAACAAACAUACUUGCGAAACUUGGAGCAAAUAGAACGAAGUGUGUUAAACUAUCGUCGAUAUUUCAAACUUAAUUGUGACUAUACACAUAAUCAACUAUGUUUUUUAGCCUAAAUCAUCCCAUCGAAGAAAUACUUAAUGUGAGGAUAUUAGUUAAAAGGGAAGUUUAAAUCACGAUUUCUCGACUGUCAAAUGCAAGCCGACGACAUUUGUUGUGAUAUAUCUAUCCGCGAGUGAUGCGGCUAUUGCACACAAGCGAGCGGAAUCGACAAGGUUGGAGGCGCCUGGCCUGUGGGGCUGGUAAGUUGCACGCUCCGCUAAAGUUAUGCUCUAGUGACCCGGUUACUCCGUUGCUGCUUGGAUUUUAUACUCUCGGAAAUUUGGUAAUUUUGUUUUGAUAGUCUGAUUUUCUGCUUUAUAGUGCUUGUCUGUGUAGAGAUUAGUAAUGAAGGAUGGUGAUGGGCCGUCAGGUUUGGAGAAAGAAGAAAAGGGGAAGGCAAAAAAGAAGGAUUCCGGAGGGUAUCGAUGCAUGGUGAUGCAUUGUUCGUCGACUUAUGCAACCACUACUGUACAUACGAUGCCAGGGCCGAUGCCUCGACCUGGAGGUACCGGUAGGUUUAGCUCCUACCAAAUGGCAUGGAUCAACUUUAUCAAAAGACACCGUGUGUUCGACCACUCAAGGGUGAGACAUAUUCAUGUGUGUAGCCUGCAUUUUGAUCAAUCACAAUAUGAUCAGACACAGCUCAAAAUGUUUGAACUGGGACUACGUAAAUUGCCUCCGAAGCUGCUGGCAAAUGCCAUUCCCCAUAUCUACAAUCCUACUGCUGACCCUGCCAGUGGCAGUGGACAUGGACACCGUGAUGGCACCCUUCUACAUGUAUCUCCUAAAGUGAGAUCUAACUUUAGUACUUCAACAUUGGCUAGCCCUUCAUGUCCUUCCGCUAAUGUUGUCCCGUCUGCCUCAUCAUCAUUGGAUGAUCAGGACCCAGAUAGAUCAUCUACAUUUGUUGGCCUUGAGCAUGAACAUGAUGGUGAAGACUACUCUCAGUACUCUCAGACUCCAGUGAGCGCAGUGUCGGCACCGCUGGAGCCAGUGGCUGGAACUGCAACUUCGCCGACCUCUCAGGAUGUUCGUAGGAAACGACAACGAACUUCAUAUAGCCGGAAGAAAGAGGUUGUCGAGAUAACCGAGGAGUAUACACGGAAAGAUGAUGAGGAACGAGCCUCGGCACGUACCAAAGAUAUUCUUGGGCGUAGUAAAGGUUUCCAGUGCUCGGUGAAGAUGGUUCAUCGGAGAGUUGGCAUUCGGAAACAGAGGCGCACCUGCAAAGUGCAAGUAAAGCCCAUCACUGUGUCAAAGGGAAAGCAAGUGAAUUUUCCGAAAGAGCGUGCAGCAGAUCUUUGUGAUGCAGUCACACAGACUGAAGGAAUUUUUGUGUUGAAAGCAGCCAACCAACAUGUUGAAAAAGAAGCAGUGGAUGAUGUCGAGGAUGAAGCAACGGAUGAUGAACCAGCAGAUGAUGAACCAGUGGAUGAUGAGACCAAGGACCCCACAUAUAUUCCAGGUGAAGAGACCAACUCACCACGCAAAGAAGGGCAGUCAAGAUCUGAACCAAAGAGCCCUUUAAUGCAGGAGAAGUUUAUCGUGUUUGAGAGUAACCUGAUGGAGCUCUUUGAAGUAUGCAUCUCUUGCCUUUCUAAGAAUGUGCAUGUGGAAAAAGUUUCUUCACAAUCUUUAGGAUCUGCACUGAAAGUUGUGACAACCUGCCUAGACUGUGGUCUUCGCCGGGAAUGGCUCAGUCAGCCAAAGGUUGGUGACAUCUACGCGGGCAACAUGCUUUUGUCUGGUGCUAUUCUGUUUGGAGGAAGUAGUCCCACUAAAGUGCUUCGUGUCUUGCGACACAUGAAUGUGAAGGCCAUUACAGUGGAAACAUUCAUGAAACACCAGCGAGAGUACCUUCAGCCAGCAGUCAUCAGAGUAGCCAAGAAGGAGCAGAGGAAGCUGAUCAACGAAAUUCCAGAAGGGGAGCCUCUCAUCCUUGGUGGUGAUGGGCGGUCUGAUUCUCCGGGCCACUGUGCAAAGUAUGGAUCGUACACCUUGAUGGAUCUCAAGAGGAACAAAAUCUUGGAUGUGCAAUUGGUCCAGAGCAAUGAAGUUCGCAAUAGCAAUGCGAUGGAGUUGGAAGGUCUGGCAAGGGGACUCACUAGUCUGAAGGAGAAGGGGGUCAAUAUACGUAUGCUGGUGACAGAUAGGCACCUCCAAGUGGCUAAAUGGCUCCGAGAGAAUUAUCCUGACAUCAAUCAUAGAUAUGAUGUGUGGCAUAUUGCGAAAGGUCUGAAGAAAAAGAUCAUCGCAGUGUCCAAGCUGAAAGAUUGUGAAGUUGUUGGCAGAUGGAAGCGGUCCAUCAACAACCAUGUUUAUUGGUGCGCCUCAUCAACCCCAGAUGGUGAUGGAGAGGUCAUGGUGGCCAAGUUCAAGUCUAUCCUAAAUCACAUGCGGAACAUACAUGAAAACCACAGUGACGUCUAUCCUGCAUGCUCUCAUGGAGAGAAUCAUGGACAAAGAGAGUGGAUGAGGCAAGGUUAGUAUUGCUAGGACAGU